AUGAAUGAGGAAUUCUUAGUGGCUCCACUUGUUAUGAAGCCUACGAGAAUAUAUAACUAUACCCAGUUGAUAGCAUGUCUUAAGGCAAAGCAGCAGAGGCUGUCAAGAUACAAGGUCUCUAUACAACCCACACGUCUUAAGAACAUCCUUAGGCCUAAGCAAUACCAAUUUGAUGUGGAAGACGUGGUUAAUGGGUUUCUGCAUGAAAAGCUCAGGUCUAGGCAAAAGGAGCAUGAGAAGUGUGUGGAAAAAAUGUUUGCUCAGGAUGUAAAGAAAUAUAUCAAGGAGAUGAAAAGAGAGAACGAUCUCUUUGUUGUUGGAAGCAGCAAGGUCAGUGGGAAGAUCAAGAUUUUGGAAGAGGUAUUUGAUAAAGAUGUUGAAGAAAAGGAGGGGAUUCAGAUGUCUGAGGUGGGUGGAAAAAACAAAUACUUUGAUGAUGCCUUUCUGUUUGACAUGUACAUGUUUCUCAAGCAGUCAAAACCCUCAGACAACUUUGAUCAAGAAAUCAGGUUCCUUGGAAAUGAGUAUCUGAGAUAUGUGGAAAGGUUUCUAAAAGAAAAUGCUGAUAAAAUCAAGGAGCCUCUUAGAGGAAAUGAAGAUAAGAUAUCGGCAUUUACUAAGCUUCGUUACAGCAAGGAGGAAUACGGGCUUGAGGUCUAUGAAGGAAGGUACAUGUUUGCAGAGUUAUACACUCUUUUUAGAUGUGGGCUCUUAGACUCUGUGAAGAACCUUCUUGAAAGAUUCCAUGUUUUUUUCGAGCACAUUUCGCACAGGUUCAAGACAAGCUUUGGAAAUUGGAUCGCUACAAAGUCAAGGCCAGCCGUCCCUAUAAAGAUAGGAGGGACUGAUGAUCUCUUCAAGGCAUUUCUCCUUGGACUAAUGGAUGAAAGAAAUAGAAGGAUGGAUGAGUGGAUCAUUGGAAGCAUUGAGGACUUUGUGUGGAUGUGCCUAAUUUCGAUAAAUGGAGAAGGGUCUGUCUCUGAGGUUCUAAAGAUGUUCAGGAAUUAUCAGAACCCAAAGGGGCUUUUCCUGGCAUAUGUUAUGCUAAAGGAUUAUGACAAGGCCAUGAGCUUGAUAUUCAAAGGCGAUUUCCUUAUAAUCCCCUCAUACUUCAUAAUGAAAGCUCUUUGCCCAAGAUGUACAAAUAAGAAGGUAUUUGUGGACUUUGUGUUUUUGGCAGCCUCACGAUUCACAUCAACACAAAAGAAGGUUGAGCUUAUAAGUUCCUUGAAGCCCACGAUAGAGGGGUACUAUGAAAUAGUUCCUGAAAUGAUAGUCAAGAUGGGCCUGUAUGAUGUACUUGGAAUUGACUCUGGAACAUGCCUGUACCUUGACAAGAAGGUUAAUCAAAAGGUUAUUGAAAUACUGAAAGGAAAAAACGAAAAGAAGAAGCUAAUCAAGCUCUACUAUCUUAUUGAUGAUGAAGCGCUUGUUGUGAAUCUCAUUAAUGAAGCCAUCACUGAAGCUAUUCUCUCUGACACAGACAUAGAUGAAUAUCUUGAGAUCAUUGAGUAUUACGAAAAGGUGGAGUGUACAAAGCAGACAAGAGUAAUGACUGCUCUUAAGAGCUUUUACUUGUUCAAGAAGAACCCAGGGACCUCUACUCUUGGAGCAACACCGUUACUGGACCCGGGUUUUGAUUUGACUGACUUCAAGUAUGUUGUUGAAAAGAUAUUUAAGCUAGCAUGUGAUGUUGUGGAGAAGGUAGGGGACAACGAGAUGGCAAGAACAUUGUUCAAGCUUUGUGGGGUUCUCGGACUUGGGGAUGAGAUGUCUAGUUAUGCAAAUAGACAUCUUGUUCUACUCAUAUAA